AUGAAUCGUGAUAAUACUCCUGCCAGUAGUGAUGCUGAUGUUGAGGUGAAUGAUAAGAGAGAUCGUGAGCGUGGUGGCGAUUGUGAUAUCAAUGGUGUAGAAGGUGAUAAUGAAAGUUGUAGUCAUGGUGGUUGUGAUUGUGGCCUUACUAGUAUUGAUGAUGGCAACCAGGAUGGAAAUGAGGCCGGUGAUAAGGGUGGCGAUAAUAAUAGUGGUGAGGGUGGUGGUGUUUGUGAUGUUGAUGAUGAUGAAAGUGAUCGUGAUGGUGGUGGGGAAAGCGUAGGCUAUGAUGAUGUAGAGGGUAGUAAUGAAGGCUGUGAUUAUCGUGUUGGGGAUGGUGGAUGGGGUGAGGCUCAUCCUAUUGGUGAUGCUGAUGGUGAGGCUGAUGAUGAAGGUGUUGGUGGUUGUGCUGUUGAUGGUGUUGGUGAAGACAGAAGUCAUGGUGGUUUGAAAGGUGGUGAUGAUUAUGAUGACGAUGAUUUUGAUGAUGGUGGUGAAGAUGAAGCUUAUGAUGUUUCAAAAGGUACUAGUAAAAGUUACGGCUAUUGUGGUUCCGAUGAUCGUUUUGCCAUUAAUGAUGAUGGUGAAGAGGCUGGUGAUGAGGGUGGUGGUGAGAUUGGUGGUAUUUGUGAUGUUGAUGGUGAGGUCGGAGGUUGUGAUGGAGUUAAAGGUGGCAAUGAACUUUGGGGUGUUGGUGAUAGUUGUUAUGAUGAUGGUCUUGCUGGAGGCAGUAUUGGCAGUGAAGCUAUGGAUGAGGCUGGUGAUGAGGGUGAUGGUGAAUUUGAUGGUGAAGAUGAAGACAAUGGCGUUGAUGAUUGUGGUGACAGUGAUCGUGUUGAUGAAGUUCAUUCUGACAACACUUCUUCUCAAUUCGCAAUAUGUGACGAGCCUCAUUUCUGUUACAAUUGGUGGCAUUACGUCUACGGCAGAAUUGGUUUGUGGAGCGAUAUCAAGAUAGCUUUUACAGUCCAUACUCUUUUGCCUCGGCCUACAGAUUGCGUGGACUUUACGUCCAGUUGCAGAGAGGAUCCCAAGCUGUGCAGAUUCACCCUGUACCGGUACUACUGUUGCAGUUCCUGUCGCAAAUACCUGAGGAAAUUCCGACUUAGCGAACCGGCCACAUCCCUGACCCAAGGGCUCGACCCGCAGGGAGCCCCCGCAGCCUGA